AUGCAAAGCUUGGGCCGCCCUCUUCUCGCCGCUCUCUCCGAUCUGUUUGAUCGCCUGUACGGCAACGGCAGGCAGCACAAAAGCGAGACGCACGAGCAGAGUGCAGCGAAAACGGAAGAAUCCAGCGACGAAGCACGAGUCGGUGAAGUCGGAAAAUCCGGAUUUCUUCGCCAGCUUUCGGCCGAUGAAAUCACCGACCAAGUGCUCUUCUUUCUCCGGCAGGGGAUCAAAAUCGACUCCGUUUCUCUCAUGGGAAUGGGCGAGCCGCUGGCGAAUCCCAAGGUGUUCGACGCACUCCGCAUUCUAACGGAUCCUCUGCUGUUUAACUUCAGCGCACGCAAGCUGGCUGUGUCCACUCUCGGCGUUCUUCCCGGCAUUAAGAAACUCACUGAGGAGCAUCCGCAGGUGAACUUGGCAUUCUCGCUUCACUCGCCAUUUCCUGAAGAGCGGAACCUCCUCGUGAGUCUUCCAUAG